AAGAAGUGCUGAUAUAUGAUAUAUCCCUUCUCUUCCACUGAGUCUUAAGGUUUUCUAUACAGCUAAUCUUCUGAUGCAUGUUUGCUUCUUGAUCACCUUUUCAGAGCCAGAAUACAUACUGAAAGUCCCAAGAACAAAUUUUUUUCCUCAACCUAAUGUUGAUGCAGCUGUUGUUACAUUUAAGCUGAAGCAAGCUGCAGGCUAUCCUCCAGUUGCCUGCACCCAAAGCUUUUUCUCAAUGGUUAUGUUAAUACUUAAUCCUCAUUGUUUCACGUUUAUGCUGUUAGAUAUCUGACUGCACCUUCAACUAAAACCUUCAUCCAUAGCUUACCUCUUUUGGGACUUCAUCUUUAUCUUUGUAUUAUAAUUCUUCAAGUAUUAGUCCAGUUUUCCCUCGUAUCAUAUGAAAUGACUUGACGUCCUUCGUUUCUAAAUUAGCUGUCUGAACAUACGCACGUUUCACUAACAUGCUUCAUUGUUUGUUAACAUAGGUUAAUUCUGCAUUCAAUGGAAAGCGCAAGAUGUUGCGGAAAUCUCUCCAGCACAUUUGCCCAUCCAAUGAGAUUGAGAGAGCUCUUGUGGAUAUAGGGCUUCGAGCCACAUCAAGACCAGAGGAGCUUACCUUGGAUGAUUUUGUGAAAUUGCAUAAUCUGGUUGUCCAUGUAUAGUCGGCCCAGUUCCUCUAAGGCAAAGUUGUUGCAAAUUCCUAUC